CACACUAACAUUCCUCUCAAUAAAAAUAUCCUUCAUCCCUCUCCAGAAGAGGAGAAGAGGAAACACAAGAAGAAGUGCCUAGUGCAGAGCUCCCAUUCCUACUUCAUGGAUGUGAAAUGCCCAGGAUACUAUAAAAUCACCACCGUCUCAAGCUAUGCACAAAUGGUAGCUUCGAGUGUUGGCUGCUCUACUGUCCUCUGUCAGCCCACAGCAGAAAAAGCAAGUCUUGCAGAAGGAUGCUCCUUCCAAAGGAAGCAGCACUAA